AGGCAAACAGUGUUCGUCUCCGAAACGAAACCGCACAGAGACCAAAAAACUAAUUAUUUCUUUUAUUUAUUUAUCCUCUCUUCCACAAAUUAAAAGCGGCGUACAAUAGCAAACCUACAGCUAACCUACGCACCUCCGUCGCUUCUUCCACUCUCAUGGCUCUCUCAGUCUCAGCUCCGAUCUUGUCCCUCUCUUUCCAUCAGAGCGGCGAACAAACUAUUCUUUUUGGUUACAGACAACAGAAGAGAUUAAGUUCUGGUCGUCGUUCACGGAGCUCCAUCGGUUUCGGCGCGGAGAAGGCGCGGAAGUCGAGGGUUAGGAGGUUUCCGAUUUGCAGAGCCGUGCCUCCUCUCCUGUUCAAAGAUCUCGACGCCGAUGAUUUUCGACAUCCUUUGGAUAAACAGAACACGUUGUUACUAAGAGCUAUUCCGGGGUUAAACGAGUUCGGGAAAGCUCUAUUAGGAUCAAUGACUGAACAGAUCAUGCUUCUUGAGAACAUUGGUACUUCUGUUCUUGUCUCCAAGAAUCAGCUUUCUGAUCUUCACGGUUUGUUGGUUGAGGCUUCUGAGAUUUUGAACAUAGAGGCUCCUGAUCUCUAUGUUCGACAGAGUCCUGUUCCUAAUGCUUAUACACUUGCGAUAAGUGGUAAAAAGCCUUUCAUUGUCGUUCAUACCAGCCUCAUCGAGUUACUGACUCGCCAGGAGCUUCAGGCUGUCUUGGCUCAUGAGCUAGGUCAUCUGAAGUGUGAUCACGGUGUGUGGCUCACAUUUGCAAAUAUUCUUACUCUUGGGGCUUAUACAGUUCCUGCUUUGGGGCAAAUGAUAGCUAGAACCUUGGAAGAACAGAUGCUUCGUUGGCUACGUUCAGCAGAGCUCACUUGUGACCGUGCAGCACUUCUCGUGGCCCAAGAUCCAAAGGUUGUUGUAUCCGUUCUAAUGAAGUUAGCUGGAGGAUGUCCAUCAAUGGCUGAUCAGCUAAAUGUUGAUGCGUUUUUAGAACAAGCCCGUUCUUAUGACAAAGCUUCUUCAUCCCCCUUGGGCUGGUACAUAAGAAAUGCUCAGACGAGUCAAUUAUCACAUCCAUUACCGGUUCUUCGUGCACGUGAGAUUGAUGAAUGGUCAAGGAGUCUUGAGUACAGGAGUCUCCUGAAACGGGCUAAUCGAACGGUGCAGAAUGUUUAGUGGUGCUGUAAAAUGUUCAGAAAGGGAAAAAAAUAGGUCAAACAUGUAUAGGGACAAUACAGAAGGGGGAAAGAAAAAAAGAGACUGGAUUCUUUAAGUCUAAACAGGUACUGUAAGAACUCUUGUAUUUGUAUUGUAUAUCUUUAUAAUUUUGAUAUAGAUAACGCAAAUGUAUAUUCGAGACAAACAAAAGGAUCAGUGAUAGUAUGAAUGAUAAGAUUGUAUAACUCACCAGUCUCAGUC